GUGACAGUGUAGCGUGGGGAAACCUGCUGAACAAGAAAAGGUACAAGACUCUUCUUGAACAGAUUAUUAGAAUAGCGCAUCCCUGGGACAAGGCGUAAUCAGCAACGCCCAAUCAGCUCAGAACAAGAAAGCGUUCUCUACACCUGAGAAAAACGCUGCAGCCGCGGCGCCGAACGGCAGUUUCAUUCGUGACUCCGCCCCCGGCCAAUAUUAACCCACCUAGAGCGCGUCUAUCUGUCACUUUGCGCUGAUUUUGGAGUGAAACGUUCUAGUAGCGAUCAUAGCAGACAUGGAGUCGUUCUGUGCCUCUUGGGCGCUGAUAGAUGCGGAUAGUGACAACUUUGAUAUGUAUAUGAAGGCAGUGGAUGUCUCAUCGUUCAUGAGAAAAGCAGCAGGAGCUUCAAAACCUGACGUUAUCAUCUCCAAGGAUGGUGAUGUUAUAAAGAUAAGAUCUGAAAGUACUUUCAAAAAUCACGAGAUAUGUUUCAAGCUUGGUGAAGAGUUUGAUGAAGAGACUGCUGAUGGCAGGAAGACAAAAACGAACGUUACUUUAGAAAAUAAUGUGUUGGUCCAGUUGCAAAAAUGGAAAGGCAAAGAGUCCACAAUAAAACGAGAGAUCAAAGAUGACCAGAUGGUGACGACCUGCAUAGCCGGAGACAUAACGGCUAAAAGGACCUACAAGAAAAAAUGAUUUUGUCCUUGAAAGGAAGAAAUUGCUUUAAAAGCUCAGUUCAAUGAGCUCUGGUCAAAUUGCCUGUAGUGUUUACUUUAUAUUGUAGGCUUUUCUAUGUGACCUGCCUGAUAUAAGAAACAUUAAAAGCUUUUGUCACCAA